AUGAAAUCUUGUAGUGAGGGAAAUGAAUCGAGACUUGUACAGUUUCCAAAUGGCAAAAUAGUUGGAGCACGAUGGUUGAUAAGAAGAAUUUUAGGAACUGGCGCUUACGGAGCAGUUUAUGAGGUACAGAGCGUAACAAAUCCUUUAAUCAGUGGAGCGCUUAAAGCUGAAUCAAAUUCUGCAGCAGAUAGUAUUUUAAAAUUGGAGGUUGAAGUAUUAAAGCAACUACAAAGUCGUAAAUAUACCGUGCGUCUGUUGUAUUCUGGUAAAAGAGAAACAUAUAGUUAUAUGGUGAUGACAUUGUGUGGUCCGGAUUUGCUUACACUCAAAAAUAUGAAAAAUUUGGAAACAUUCAGUGAGAGUACUAUACUUCGUAUUGCUGUACUAAGCUUAUAUGCUAUUAAACAGUUGCAUGAAAUUGGUUUUGUACAUCGUGAUAUAAAACCAAGUAAUAUGGCAAUAUCACCAACUGCUAGUGUUCGCCAUAUUAUUUACUUACUGGAUUAUGGGAUGGUUCGAAAAUAUGCAAUUUACAGUAAUAAGCAAUGGUUUAUCAGACAACCGAGAAAACGGGUUUUACUUCGUGGAACACUACGAUACUGUUCAGUGAAUACUCAUAAACGAAAUGAGCAAGGACGAGUUGAUGACCUCUGGUCAUUAAUGUACAUGCUGAUUGAAUUACGCAGCAAUUAUCUACCAUGGGGCAAAGCAACACGUGAAGAUCGUAUUCUCUAUCUUAAAGAAUCUAUUUCUGAUAAGCAACUUUUAUCAAAUGGAAAGAUGGAAUUUUAUGAACAAAUUUUAACACAUCUUCGUAAAUUACGUUACCCGGAUAGACCCGAUUAUCAUUACGUGUACAAACUGAUGAUAUUACCUAUGAUAAGAAAACGAUACUUGUUUAACGAACCGUAUGAUUGGGAAAUUAUACCAGAAAAUGAAACACAAGAAGAAUCGGAAUUGUUAGAAAAAUCUCAUAUAUCAUCAAAAUCCACUAGUCCAAUUAGUGUCAAAUCUAGCAAUCUAAUCAUUCCGGAAGAUAUACCAGUAGCACAGGAACAGGCAUUUGAUGAAGGCGAAAAUGAUGUACCAGAUAUAAUGAAAACUUCUUAUCAUGUUUGCCAACGACGACAAGAUCGCGAUCGACGUGCGUUGCAAGAUGAAAGCAAUCCACCAAAUGAAGAUUUACCAUAA